UCCCAACAUCUGAGCAGGUUGGGUAAGUCCUGUAACCUCACUGAGCCUCAGUUUCUGCAACUGUAAAAUGGGGAGAUGGCAGGACUUCCCUCCUGUUGCUGUUGGGAAGCCUCUCUGAGCGAAUUCCAGGGAAGGGCGUGACUCCACACCUGCCCUGGGUGUGAGCUCUGAACACUAUCGUGUGUUUUUCAGAACCCUAGAAAAUAUUUUAGAAGGCAGGGCCAGAUGCGGGGGGGCUGUUCCCUGGGAGGCGAGGCUCUGCAGCUCCCAGCCUUCCCCCUUCCAGGCGUUCCGUUUUGUUUUGCUUGGGUGCGCCCUCAGCCAAGUCUGGGAGGGUUUCCUGGACAGAGGUCCUCGCCUCGCGGCAGCUGCUGAAGCCGUGCAGCCCCGGUCACAGCGCCACUGCUCUCCCACUCAGGCGCACGGCAGGCGGCAGCAGCAUGGAGCUUUGGGGGGCCUACCUGCUCCUCUGCCUCUUCUCCCUCCUGACCCAGGCCACCACCGAGCCACCGUCCCCCAAGGUCAAGAAGGCUGCAAACGCCAAGAAAGAUGUUGUGAGCCCGAAGAUGCUUGAGGAGCUCAAGAGCCAGCUGGAGAGCCUGGCCCAGGAGGUGGCCCUGCUGAAGGAGCAGCAGGCCCUGCAGACGGUCUGCCUGAAGGGCACCAAGGUGCACAUGAAGUGCUUCCUGGCCUUCGCCCAGGCCAAGACCUUCCACGAGGCCAGCGAGGACUGCAUCUCGCGCGGGGGCACGCUGGGCACCCCGCAGACGGGCUCGGAGAACGACGCGAUGUUCGAGUACCUGCGGCAGAGCGUGGGCAGCGAGGCCGAGAUCUGGCUGGGCCUCAACGACAUGGCAGCGGAGGGCGACUGGGUGGACAUGACCGGUGGCCGCAUCGCCUACAAGAACUGGGAGACGGAGAUCACGGCGCAGCCGGACGGGGGCAAGGCCGAGAACUGCGCCACCCUGGCCGGCGUGGCCAACGGCAAGUGGUACGACAAGCGAUGUCGCGACAAGCUGCCCUACAUCUGCCAGUUCGCCAUCGUGUAGCCUGGGGACCCCGAGGGGGGGCGGGGGAGGCGAGAUCGUGGGGGCCACAGAGGGCUGUGGGGACCUUCCAGCCUCGGACCCCUGCUCGCAGAUGCCCUGCAGCGCUUGGAGCCUCCUUUUGCAAAUAAAGUCGGUGCAGCUUUUGGAGA